AUGAGCUGCUGCUGCUCCCCUUGCUGCUCCCCUUGCUGUCAGCCAACUUGCUGUCAGACCACCUGUUAUAGGACCACCUGCUGCCAGCCCAACUGCUGUGGCUCCAGCUGCUGCCAGCCUUGCUGCCGUCCAUCCUGCUGUGGCUCCAGCUGCUGCCAGCCUUGCUGCCGUCCAUCCUGCUGUGGGUCCAGCUGCUGCCAGCCUUGCUGCUGCCCCAGUUGCUGCUACACAACCUGCUGCCGGCCAGCUUGCAGUGGCCCCGUGUACUGCACGAGAACCUGCUACCAACCAACGUGCUGCUGCGUGCCUGGUUGUCUAGCCAAUAGCUGUGGAACCAGCUGCUGCCAGCCUUGCUGCCGCCCAGUCUGCUGUCAGACCACCUGCUGUAGGACCACCUGCUGCCGUCCCAGCUGCUGCUGCAGCCCUUGCUGUGUUUCUAGCUGCUGCCACCCUUCCUGGUGCUGA